UCAUCGAAUGCAUUUUUAACGAUGAAUAAUAAUAAUGAACAAUCAUCAUUAUCAUCAACGACAAUGGAUAAAAGACAUUUAAGUAUUGAUAUAAAUUCAAUGAUACAUCAACAACAUCAACAACAUCAUCAUCAUUAUUAUUCGAAUAUAAAAAUGCCAUCAUCAUUAUCAACUAUUUCAACAUUAGCAGCAGCAACAACAACAACGGCUGCUGCAACAGCAACAACCGGUAUUAAAAAAAGUGAAAGAAAAAAAUUAGAAAAAUUAAGUAAAUUUAAUUUCGAUCAACAAGCAUUAUUUUCAGCGGUUGAAAAUGAACAUUUUGAUCGUACCCGAAUGAUUAUUGAAACAACUAAUGUUGAUGUUAAUUGUACAAAUUCGGAUGGUUUUACACCAUUAGAUAUAGCAACAAUGUUAUUAAAUUUAUCAUUAAUUAAAUAUCUUCAAUCAUGUGGUGCACGUGAAGGUGAUCUAUUUAAUAAUCGACAUAGUCGUGAAUUACAUUUACAAUCAUUAAUAUCAGAAGCUGAACGUUGUUUAUAUGAUUUAAAUGCUCAUCAUCAUCAUUCUCAACAACAUCAACAACAACAACAAAACUAUCAUCGUAAAUCAAUUCAACCAAUCAAUAGUGGUCAAUUAUCAAUAUUACAACCAUUAUCAUUAUCAUCAUCAACAACAACAACAACAACAACAUCGAUAACAGGUAAUGUAAGUUCAGCAUUAAUUAAAGAAAAAGAAAGACAAAUUAUGUUUUGGCAAAGACGUUUAAAAUUAUUACAAAGACUUAAAAAAGGAUUCGAUCUAUUACAACCACCACCACCACCAUUAUCGGUACAUGUACAGGUAGCCGGUGCUGAAUGUUUACUAGUAAAUUAUUAUCCACCGAUCAGGUUACAACAUGAUUAUCGUCGUCAAAUUAUAACCAAAUAUAAAAUUGAAUGGAGUUCAAAUCAAUUUGAAACAAUAAUCGGUUGUGUUGAAAUGACAAAUAUGUGUGCAAAACAUGAAUUUCUAAUCGAACGUUUAGAAUCUGAACAAUGUUAUCAGGUACGAAUUGCAUCUGGUAAUUGUAAAGGAUAUUCUGAAUAUUGUUAUCCAUUAAUGAAUCAAUCAGUACCAUCAACAUGGAGAUCGAUUGAUAAAAAACAUUCAAAAAUUGAAGAUCGUGUACCAAAAAUUGAUCAAUUAUUUGAUCAGAUUAUUGAAUGGAGACAACAACAACAACAACAAACAACACAACAACGUGAUUGUGCGGAUAAAAGAAAAUCAAUCGAAUUGGAACAAACAUCGUUAACAACAUUGAAUAAUAAUAACAAUAAUAUGGGUGGAAUAUCUGCAAAUUCUGGUCAAAUUGGUAGCGGAAAUAUAUUGAUGGCCACAAAUACUACUGCCACCGCAAUGAUUAAUAAUAAUUCAACAAUAACCGGUAGCGGUAAUCUAACUACUACUACUGGAUUAGUAACAUCUGGUUCGCAGAAAAAAGUCCGUAAAAGUAUUCGAAAUUUUUUCGUUUCAACAAGUAAAUUUCAAAAAACAAUGAAACGUGGUGCAAUAUAUCUGGCAUCAUUAAUCUAUAAUGGUACUGAUAAACGUGUUUUGGUUACCAAUGAAGAAGUACUACCUAUUAUUGAAAUUGAUGAUUCAUAUCCAUCAACAUUACAAAAUGAUUUUUAUUGGCUAUUAAAAAUAACCUGCUGUACAUGGAAUGAUAUAAAAAUGUUUCGAAAAGAAUUAGAAAAAUCACAACAAUCAUCAACUGUUGCACAAUUUCGUACAAAAAUUCUUUUAGCAAUUGAACAAAUGCAAAAUUCAUUAGGUAUUAUUGAUUUAGGAAAAAUUUAUUAUAAACCAUUACGUGAUAAUGAAGGUAGUUGUGUAUUAUGUGCAAUACGUUCAGUACCUGAACCAAAAAUGAUUAGUUGUUUAUCCGUUCGGUGGUUACCAUUAGCAAAAUUACAGAAAAGAAUUGCUACACAAACAUCAUCAACAACAAUUCAAUCGGAACGUGUUUCUGAUUCAGGUAUUUCAGUAACGGAUAUUGGUUCACCACCACCACCACCACUACCACGUCUUGUUAGCGAUAUUUUAUUCGCUACAAUUGAUGAAAUGAUGCAAUAUCAUCAGGCUUGUAAUUGUAAAUUAGAAAAAGGUUUAUAUAUUGCAUAUGUAAAAUUAAAAUCAUCAAUCGAUAUGAUGUCGGUUAUGGUUAAUAGUAAUCAACCAAAUAUAUUACCAAUUGCAAAAAUACGUAAUAAUCCACAUGUAUCACGGCAAGAAUGGGCUGCAUUGAAAAUGUGUUUGAAACCAAAAUCAAAUCAUCAUCAUCAUCAUCAGCAACAACAACAAAAUGAUCUAAAUGAUAAUCAUGAUGGUCAAAAUAUCGAUGAUAAUGAUGAUGAUGAUGAUGAUAAACAAACAUGGCGUCGAUUGGUGACAAGUGUUAGUCAAUUACAUUUACAAUUGGUUAAUAAUACUCAUCAUCAACAAUCGGAAACUAAUUCAAGAAAUCAAAAAUCAAGAGAAUCAAAAACUCAUCAUUCAUCAUCUUGUUCACCGAAUUUUCUAUCAACAUCAUCAUCAAUCAAUAAUCAUAAAACAUCAUUAUCAUCAUCGGAUUUAAUGAAUCAAAUUACAACAAUACCAACACCAUUAUCAUCACCAAUGACACAAACAGGACCGGGUUUUGUUGAUAAUUUUUUUCAAUUAGCAUGUCAACAUGAACAACAGCAACAACAAAUUGUUAAAUUAUCAUCAUCUGAUCAACAACAAACAUUGGAAAAAGAUGAUGGUGGCUGUAUAACAACAACAACAAAUAUUGAACGAAUUGAAAAACCAAAAACAUUAUCUGUUGUGAAUCAACAAUCUUCACGGUUGAAUAUCAACCAGAUUCAAAAACCACAACGAUUAACAUUUGGACAGAAAAUGUGUUUUCAACAAUUAACAAAAUUCUUACAAAUUCUUUCACAUACUGCUGCACAUUUUCUACAAUCAAUCGGUAUUGAUGAAGAUAAACAUUUAAAUAUAAAUCGUAUCUAUACUGUUGAAAUUAUUGAAUUAGAUGGACAAGUAUCAUUGAUUUUAUUAUUACCACCAUCGGAUGAAGUUUGUUCCAUUACACAAUCCGAUUUAGAUAUUAAUCAACGUUUUGAUGAUUUAUUAUUUUUACCAUUGAAAAUAUUUGAAUUAAUUCAUAUGAAUACAUAUCAAAGACGUUUUACCGGACAAUAUUGGCGUCUAUCAGCAUUAUUAGAAUUGGAUAUAAUUGCUGCACAACAAGCACAACGUGAAGCAUUUUCAAAAUCGGAAGUAACUGAAUCAAAAAUACGUUUAAAUCAAUUAUUAGAAUUUCAAACACAAUUAGAUGAUCAUUGUAGAUCAAUGCGUUGGAUAAUGGAUGUUGUUUCAUAUGCACGUGAUCGACAAAUUAAUGCCGGUAUUACAUUAGCACAGAUACAAUAUUGUUUAAAUUCAAUUGAUAAACAAAUGUGGGAUGAUGAUUAUGAUGAUCAUGAUCAUCAUAUUGGAAUCAAUAACAAUGACCAACAACGAAAUAAUUUUAUUCAAUCAUCAACAAAAACUACCACCGAAUCGACUAAUAAUGAUGAUAAUAAUGGAACAGCAAAUACAAAAAUGGAUUUUAUAACACCAAAAAUUAAUAUACAAAGUGAAUGUAAUUCAACACCAUCAUCACCACCAGCAGCGGCGGCUUCGGCGGCUACAAUUAUACCAUCAUUAUCAUUGAUAAUGGGACGACGUAAAAGUCGUGAUGAUUCAUAUAUUGAUCAACAACAUCGACAACAAAAUCAUUAUCAUAGUUUAGCACAUCAACGUUUUCAUCAUAAUUAUCAUGGUUGUCAAAAUAAUAAUGAUCAUAACGAUGAUGAUGACCAUGGUGGUGAUAAUGAUAAUGAUGAUCCAUAUGAUGAUGAUCCAACA